UAUCUGGGUAGACAUGUUCUCAUACUUGAAAGCAAUCAUAUGUUGCCUGCAAUUUUUUUAAGUUGUUUCAUGGACGUCUUGUUAGGUGAUAAUUUUCAUAUAUCUGUGUUUGUUUCAGUGGCUACAUAAUUACCAUUUUUGAGUGUCCUUUCUUUAGUCAUUAAUUCAUUAAUUCUACAAAUACAGUACCUGUCAUGUGUCAGUUACUGGGGACAAAGCAUGCUAGAAUCUCUCCUCAAAGAGCUUCCAUCAAAUUAGAGUUCAAAUUAGAGUUCCGUAUUCCUCUAUUUAUCUCUCCUUUUUUUUUGCUCUUUUAUACAGUGUUAUAUUAAAUAUCCUUGUAUACAGAUCUUUUAUAUCUUGAUACGCUUGUGCUAUGUUUCUAAUUAUGGGCCUACUGAACCUAAAGGAUACUUGCUUAAAAUUACUGAUUUUUGCCAACUGGUAAAAAUGAUUUUCUUUUAUUGUUUUUAUUUUACAGUUCCCUAAUCCUUGGAAGAAUUGUGCUUGUUUUACUAUGUUUUAUUGGCAUUUGUAUGACAGUGAACUGCCUAUUUUGAUUUUUUGCCCAUUUUCCCUCUAAUUUCUUACUGAUUUGUGAGAGCUCCUGUAUAUUGUGGGUUUUUUUUCCCUUGUCUGUUUAUAUACUGCAGAUCUUUUCUCCCAGUCUUAUUUACGUUUUAUUUUUUAUUUCUUCUUAAUUUGGGACUUAACCUAGAAGUUGCAUGAUUAAGACUCCCUGGGUGCCCUUCACUCACAUUCUUCAAAUGUUAGCAUUUUAGUAUAUUUGUUUUCUCCUUUCAUUAAAAAAAAAAAAAGUAUCAUGAAUUCCUUGGCGAUCCAGUGGUUAGGACUCCAUGCUUCCAAUGCUGAAGUGCUGGUCAGGAGCUGAGAUCCUACUGAAACCGUGUACCUCUGAUUGGGAGCUGAACCCAUGGUUUUUAGAGUAGAAUCCUUCAUCUGGUGUCUGGACUUGAUGAGGCUCAGGUUCUUUGUGUCUCAGUGCAGAAGGAAUUUGGCAAGAGGCAAAGUGAUGGUCUAGAGUUGUUUAUUAAUAUAGGAUGCUUGUGAGUGAUGCAAGCUGACAGGUGAGGGGUUCUGCCCUGAUGGCUACAUGUUUAUUACCAAAGCAAAGAGGGGGAAAGACCACCUUCUUUCUCAUUCUUUGAGUAGCUGUUAGGCUUACAUCAGGAGCUCCUCUUCCAUAUUGGGCAGAAGAGUGACCUUCUGAGGUCACACUAGUACUGACAUCGUGUCUAAUCCAAUCAGCAGAGGGGUGGUAACAGUGUUCUUUCAUUUAAUGAUCUGGGACUGUAUCUCCUGCUUUAUACUUAAGCAAGCCUGCUUCAUUCCAGAAUGUUUCUUGAGCCAUCAUUAACUUAGAGUGGUCUGCCAAAGUUCCCUAGGCUUCCCUCUCUAUCUGUAAUCUCCUACUGGGACUUCUACAACUACCUGUGUAACUCUUCUCUUCUGUUGCUAUCAGCACAACCAUAACAACCUUACCCCCAUCCCCAGCAACAACCGUUAAGGCACAAAGCUUGUUUAAAAAAAAAAUUAACCCUCAGAUAUUGAAAUCCUUAUGUGUAUUCAAACUUCUCUUUUUCAAGCAGUGUGGUAAGUGUAUUUAGUCUUUUCUUAAACGGUUCAGGACGUUAGGAACAUUAUUAAUUCUUUUUUUGGCUGUGUGUGACAACGUUUUGUACCUCUUGAACAGGAAUGGUUCUGAUUAGGUUGAAUGAGUCUAGGCCACUUCUAAGAGUUUUUGUUUGCCUUUCUUAAAUUAAAAAAAAAAAAAAAAUUUCUUUUUCCUAUUUUCCUUCACUAUCUUUUGCCUGCCAGGUAGCUGUACUUUCCUGUUAAUAAAUUCUUUAUUGCUUAUAAUAGUCUCUAAUUUGCUGUGAAGUAGGGAAGCCAGGUACAUGCAGUAUUCUAAGAAGCUGGAUCUAAAUAACAAAUGCAUUUAAGUAUGAGGCCUUGGGAGUCUCCCUUAAUCAGUGGAUGGACUGUAUGUUUUUUCCUCUAAGAGACAUGGCUUUUCUUGACAAUGAUGAUGGCAGUUAGGAUCUCAGACAUUCCUAACUGCCCCUGGAGAUAGGUAGGGCCAGAGAUGUUAUCCUUAAUUUAUAGAGGAAGUAAUGGGUGGUGGCUGUAAUGUUGUUUUUAGGAGAGCUGGGAUUUGAAUCUGUUUUUUUCGUCUAAAUCUAUUGAAUAAGCAUUGUUUUUAGUAAUACUUCUUUGUCCUGUCUGUUACUAAUAAUACUUUCUAGAAAGUUAUGUUGUGUCCUGGCUUUAAGUACCAUUCUCUCAUGGAUUUUUAUGAAACGUAAAUUUUAAAUUAAAAUAGGUUACUGGCACAGAAUUUUCAAGUUCCCAUUGGCCUAUAGCGUGGGUUCCAUAUUAGAAGUGGGAAGAAGAUUGAGUCUAUUGGACUUAAUCUUUCAUUUUCAUUAAUAAUUGCUAAUUUCAUGGGAAUUCCGUGGUGGUCCAGUGGUUAGGAUUCUGAGCAUUUGCUGCUAAGGGUCUGGGCUAAUCACUGGUUGAGGAACUAAGGUCCUGCAUGCUGUGCACUGUGGGUCUCCCCCCAACCCCGAAUAAAUGUCGUUAUCUGUUAGGCUAUUAUAUACAGUCCUGUCUGCGCUCUGCCUGGAGCUCUCUGCAUGGGUGGUUCCGUUCAGCUCUCAGAUUAAACGUUGCAUCUUCAGAGCCCUUUCCUGACCUGAAAUUACUUCUCCCUACGUCUCCCUCUUCUGUAUCGUAUCACCCUGUUUGUUUCCUUUAUGGCGCUUAAUCACUUUCUGGAAAUGCCUUUUGGAAAUAUCUUGUGUGUUGUUAUAGCCAGUAAAAUGCUAACUCUGUGAUUUUUAUCCUUUGUCCAUCUUUAGGGCUUAUUUUAUCUCAUAGGCAAGUGCUUUGGUCUGUCUGAACUCCUCUGAGCCACGUCCUGUGCCCAGGAAUGAGGCGCUUUGCGUUAAGGGCUUCUCUGAGGGCCUCUUGUCGUGAUUACCUCUGUAUCCACAGAACCUGGAAUAGCAGUCUUAAAGAAUAUAAUUUCAGCAAGCAUCAUGAAGUGAAUGUAGUGACAGCAUAUUAGCCUUUUCACUUGAAAGGAUCAAAAUACUUGCUGAACAGUGGAGUCAGAGACCAAUAAAAACAAACAUAAACUACUUGAACAGCAUUUGACUGGUUAGCCAGUUGCUAAUGUAUAUUCACGAUGAGUGGAUUAGGAGAAAACGCCUUGGAUCCACUGGCCCCUGAUUCACGAAAACGCAAGUUGCCAUGUGAUCCUCCAGGGCAAGGCCUUGCCUGCAGUGGUGAAAAGUGGAGACGGGAGCAGGAGAGUAAAUAUAUUGAAGAAUUGGCUGAACUAAUAUCUGCUAAUCUUAGUGAUAUUGACAAUUUCAAUGUCAAACCAGAUAAAUGUGCAAUUUUAAAGGAAACAGUAAGACAGAUACGUCAAAUAAAAGAGCAAGGAAAAGCUAUUUCCAAUGAUGAUGAUGUUCAGAAAGCUGAUGUAUCUUCCACAGGACAAGGAGUUAUUGAUAAAGACUCCUUAGGACCACUCUUACUUCAGGCAUUGGACGGCUUCCUAUUUGUGGUGAAUCGUGAAGGAAACAUUGUAUUUGUGUCAGAAAAUGUCACCCAGUACCUGCAAUAUAAGCAAGAGGACCUGGUUAAUACAAGUGUCUACAAUAUAUUGCAUGAAGAAGAUAGAAAGGAUUUUCUUAAAAACUUACCAAAAUCUACAGUUAAUGGAGUUACCUGGACAAAUGAGACCCAGAGACAAAAAAGCCAUACAUUUAACUGCCGUUUGUUGACGAAAACACCACAUGACAUUCUAGAAGACAUAAGCACCAGUCCUGAAAUGCGCCAGAGAUACGAAACGAUGCAGUGCUUUGCCCUGUCCCAGCCACGGGCUAUGAUGGAGGAAGGGGAAGACUUGCAGUCCUGUAUGAUCUGUGUGGCACGCCGCAUUACCACCGGGGAGAGAGCAUUUCCAUCAAGUCCUGAGAGCUUUAUCACUAGACACGACCUUUCAGGGAAAGUUAUUACUAUAGAUACCAAUUCACUGAGAUCCUCCAUGAGACCUGGCUUCGAAGACAUAAUCCGAAGGUGUAUCCAGAGAUUUUUCAGUCUUAAUGAUGGGCAGUCGUGGUCCCAGAAACGUCACUAUCAAGAAGCUUAUAUCCAUGGCCAUGCAGAAACCCCGCUGUAUCGAUUCUCUUUGGCUGAUGGCACUAUAGUGACUGCGCAAACAAAAAGCAAACUCUUCCGAAAUCCUGUAACAAAUGACCGUCAUGGCUUUGUCUCAACCCACUUUCUUCAGAGGGAACAGAAUGGGUAUAGACCAAACCCGAAUCCUGUUGGACAAGGCAUUAGGCCUCCAGCAGCUGGAUGCAACAGUUCGGUAGGCGGCAUGAGUAUGUCACCAAACCCAGGCUUACAGAUGCUGAGCAGCAGGACCUACGGCUUAACUGACGCUGGCACCACGGGGCAGAUGAGUGGAGCCAGGUAUGGGGCUCCCGGUAGCAUAGCCUCCAUGAACCCCGGGCCAGGCGUGCAGUCGCCGUCUUCCUACCAGAACAGUGCCUACGGCCUUGGCAUGAGCAGCCCUCCCCACGGGAGCCCCGGUCUUAGCUCCAGCCAGCAGAGCAUCAUGAUUUCCCCUCGCCAUCGAGGGAGUCCAAAGAUGGCCUCACACCAGUUUUCUCCUGUUGCAGGUGUGCACUCUCCCAUGGGAUCUUCUGGCAAUACCGGGAGUCACAGCUUUUCUAGCAGCUCUCUGAGUGCCCUUCAAGCUAUCAGUGAGGGCGUGGGGACUUCUCUUUUAUCUACACUGUCUUCACCAGGUCCCAAAUUGGAUAACUCUCCCAAUGUGAAUAUAACUCAACCAAGUAAAGUGAACAGUCAGGAUUCCAAGAGUCCCCUAGGCUUGUAUUGCGAUCAGAAUCCAGUGGAGAGUUCAAUGUGUCAGUCAAAUAGCAGAGAUCACAUUAAUGACAAAGAAGGUAAGGAGGGCAGUGUGGAAGGGUCUGAGAAUCAGCGGGCUCCUCUGGAAAGCAAAGGUCAUAAAAAGUUACUGCAGUUACUCACCUGUUCUUCUGAUGACCGGGGUCAUUCCUCCUUGACCAACUCCCCCCUGGACUCAAGUUGUAAAGACUCUUCCAUUAGUGUCACCAGCCCCUCUGGGGUCUCCUCUUCCACCUCUGGAGGUGUAUCCUCCACAUCCAACAUGCACGGAUCACUGCUGCAAGAGAAGCACCGGAUUUUGCACAAGUUGCUCCAGAAUGGAAAUUCACCAGCAGAAGUAGCCAAGAUUACUGCCGAAGCCACUGGGAAAGACACUAGCAGUACUACGUCUUGCGUAGAAGGAAACGUCAAGCAGGAGCAACUCAGUCCCAAGAAAAAGGAAAAUAAUGCUCUGCUUAGGUAUCUGCUGGACAGGGACGAUCCUAGUGACACACUCUCCAAAGACCUCCAGCCCAAAGUGGAAGGCGUGGACAGUAAAAUGAGUCAGUGCAGCAGCUCCACCAUUCCGAGCUCGAGUCAAGAGAAAGAUGCUAAAAUUAAGACAGAAACUAAUGAAGAGGGAUCCGGAGACUUGGAUAAUCUAGAUGCUAUUCUUGGUGAUCUGACUAAUUCUGACUUCUACAAUAAUUCCAUAUCCACAAGUGGUAGUAAUCUGGGAACUAAGCCACAGAUGUUUCAAGGAGCUAAUUCUCUGGGUUUGAGGAGUCCACAGUCUGUGCAGCCUGUCCGUCCUCCGUAUAACCGGGCAGUGUCUCUAGACAGUCCUGUUUCCGUUGGCUCAAGUCCUCCAGUGAAGAAUAUUGGUGCUUUCCCUAUGUUACCAAAGCAACCCAUGUUGGGUGGCAAUCCAAGAAUGAUGGAUAGUCAGGAAAAUUACGGCUCAAAUAUGGGUGGACCAAACAGAAAUGUGACUGUGAAUCAGGCGCCUUCCUCAGGAGACUGGGGCUUACCGAACUCAAAGGCCAGCCGCAUGGAACCUGUGAAUUCAAAUGCCAUGGGGAGACCAGGAACUGAUUAUAAUGCUUCUUUACCCAGACCUGCCAUGGGCGGCUCGCUGCCUGCCAUGCCACUUCGGUCCAAUAGCGUCCCAGGUGCGAGACCGGUGAUGCAGCAACAGCAGCAUCCGCAGCCGCAGAUGCUUCAGAUGCGGCCUGGUGAGAUUCCCAUGGGGAUGGGGGUCAGUCCUUAUGGCCAAGCAGCACCAUCAAACCAACCUGGUUCCUGGCCAGAUGGCAUGUUGUCCAUGGAACAAGGCCCUCAUGGGACCCAAAAUAGGCCGAUUCUUAGGAAUUCCCUGGAUGAUCUCCUUGGGCCACCUUCUAACCUAGAAGGCCAGAGUGAUGAAAGAGCAUUGUUGGAUCAGUUGCACACACUCUUGAGCAACACAGAUGCCACAGGCCUGGAAGAGAUUGACAGAGCUCUGGGCAUUCCUGAGCUUGUAAAUCAGGGACAAGCUUUGGAGCCCAAACAGGACGCUUUCCAAGGCCAAGAAGCAGCAGUAAUGAUGGAGCAGAAGGCAGCAUUAUAUGGGCAGACGUACCCCGCGCAGGGGCCUCCGAUGCAAGGAGGCUUUAAUCUUCAGGGACAAUCACCACCUUUUAACUCGAUGAUGAAUCAGAUGAACCAGCAAGGCAGUUUUCCUCUCCAGGGAAUGCACCCUCGUGCCAACAUCAUGAGACCCCGAACAAACACUCCCAAGCAACUUAGAAUGCAGCUUCAGCAGAGGCUGCAGGGCCAGCAGUUUUUGAAUCAGAGCCGUCAGGCACUUGAAAUGAAAAUGGAAAACCCCACUGCUGGCGGGGCGGCAGUGAUGAGGCCCAUGAUGCAGCCGCAGGUCAGCUCCCAGCAGGGUUUCCUUAACGCUCAGAUGGUCGCCCAGCGCAGUAGAGAGCUGCUGAGUCAUCACUUCCGGCAGCAGAGGGUGGCGAUGAUGAUGCAGCAGCAGCAGCAGCAGCAGCAGCAGCAGCAAACCCAGGCCUUCAGUCCACCUCCGAAUGUGACUGCGUCCCCCAGCAUGGAUGGGGUCCUGGCUGGGCCUGCCAUGCCGCAAGCUCCACCCCAGCAGUUUCCAUACCCACCAAAUUACGGGAUGGGACAACAACCAGAUCCAGCCUUUGGUCGAGUGCCUAGUCCUCCCAAUGCAAUGAUGUCAUCAAGAAUGGGUCCCUCCCAGAAUCCCAUGAUGCAGCAUCCUCAGACCACACCCAUGUAUCAGUCCUCAGAAAUGAAGGGAUGGCCGUCAGGAACCCUGGCCAGGAACAGCAGCUUUCCCCAGCAGCAGUUUGCCCACCAGGGGAACCCUGCAGCGUACAGCAUGGUACACAUGAACGGCAGCAGUGGUCCCAUGGGACAGAUGAACAUGAACUCCAUGCCCAUGGCUGGCAUGCCCAUGGGUCCUGAUCAGAAAUAUUGCUGACAUGUCUACACCAUGACCUCCAAGGAAAUCACUGUACAAAUGACACUGUGCUAGGAUUCCUGGGAGUAGUGAAUCAUUGUUCUAGGCACCCAGCUUUGAAGAAAGGACCAGCUCCAAUCUCCAUCAACGGUAUUUCAAGUGAUGUCAUUUGAGCAGGACUGAAUUUUAAGCUGAAGUGUGGUAUCUACCUGUUUUCUUUCCCUCCUCCUAUGUAUCAUGGUGUUUAAAACAAAUAUUUUUGGCAUUCUGCCUUUUGGGGAUAUGAUUCUGGAGGUACGGAGUGUUACUGAUUGCAGACUGUCCUGUGUCACUUUUUUUCUGCUUGGCUGUCCAGAGUCUUUGGAAAAAAUGGAGGUGGGGCCAGAGAACAUUGGAGAAAUCAUGAGAUGAGAACAUCUGGUUUCUUGAUAGUUGCUACAGUACUGGGUGAAGAGUGUGGUCCACUUACGAGGGUUUUUGUCACAGGCUCUGUCUUGUGAAGGUGGCAUAUCCAGGUUCUCCUUUAAGGAUAGCUCCCACCCUCCUCUUGGUUGUCCUAGGCUUUUUCCUAAAUAGGAUUUUUAUCUGCUCCUAACGUCCUAUAAUACUUCACCUCCAGGAAUUGUCCUUGAUGUCAGAUGGCUUUGCAGAAGGGAAAUGGACGACAGUAUUUAAUUGCAGCGGUGGCAGUUUUUCACUUGCUGACGUGCAGCCGAGUGCACUUUAUUUAAAAAGUAAUGGAUACAUGCAAUAUUCUCUCGGUCUUGAGGAAUGGUGAACCACAUUCCUAGUUGUUGUCUAAACUUACCUCUUGGACAAGAACUACGAUUUUUGUUGUUGUGAAAAGUACUGGUUUCACCCUUUGCCUAUAUGGUAGAGCAAUAAUGCUUUUUGAAAAUAAACUGCAGAAACCCCAAGGCCAGGUACUGCAUUCUGAAUCAGAAUUUUGCAGUGUUUCUGUGAAUAGAUUUUCUUUUGUAAAUAUGACCUUUAAGAUUAUUGUAUGAUGUAACAUAUGUAUAUAUACUUUUUUUUUUUUUUUGUAGGCCACAACAACUCAUUUUUACAGAGUUUGUGAAGCUAAAUAUUUAACAUUGUCAGUUUCAGUAAGUUCAGUGUGGUGAGGUUACCAGUAGAAGUCGUGCCCUGAAUUUUGUGGCCUGGUGGGGGGGGAGCUGUGGCCAACAGGUUUUCCUUGCCCCUAGCCUUAGAUGCCUCGCUCCUGUUCAGUCUCUUAAUCUAAAUGCUUUUUUAAGUGAUCAUUUAAAUGUAGGCAUUUAUGUUUUUUAAAAACAAUUUCUCUACCAGAUUAAGCACUUCGUUAAUUUGGGGGGAGAGAACAGAUGAGGGGAAAUACACUUAAGAAAAAAUCAAGAAUUUUAAAAGAUCAAGCAAUUUGAUUUCAAAGAAGAAUGUUGGAUUUUUAGGCAGUCCAUAAAUAGCAAGUCAUGGUAUUUUCUUUUUUAAUUGAACAUGUCAUCUUCUCAUCCAUUUUAGGAGUGCUCUAAGGUUUUGGUUGCUAGGACUUGAAUUCCACAUUGAGAUCUCAGGCGUAGAAUCCUUGAUGUGUGGUUUCUGGUAUCUGCUCAGCUGUCUUGUCCUUCUCCUACUGUGAUGUCCCGAGAAUCGGAGGAAGUAGCAUCAUGGUUAUUUCCUAAAGAGUUCUGUCUGCAGAGCAGCCAUUUUCAUGUGAUUCAGAGCCAGGGUCUUGACUGGGCGCCUUUGUAUUCCCUCUCUCCUCCUCCGCCACCCCUUUUUGCUGCUGCCGCUUGUCAGUUGGGAAUAGGGAAGAAAGUCAAGUUUGAUUCCCUUUACCUGGCUUACUUUAUCAGGUUCAAGCAGUUGAAUGAAAUGGGGUUUUUAGACUUAUCUAUGAAUUUCAAUAUCUGUUAGCCUUGGUGUCAUUUCUUAGCAAUAACUGAGAGCCAGUUAAAAUUUUUUUCACCCGUUUAGCCAAUCUUUCUAGGUGUGUCUGAAGGUAAGAUCAUUUGAUUUCUUUGACUUGUGUAUGACUAAGUGAAACCUGUAUUUCCAGAAACACCACUAAAGUGGAUUUGAGUUUCGCACUCCCCCACCUGGUUAAAAGUAAAUCUAAGACUACAAAUCCAUUAGCUUCCAUCCCAGGGGCCUGCACUUUGCAGAUAAUGCAUCCCCCGGUCUGGAGACCGAGGCAGAGCUGAGUAAGAGUCUCUUUUUAGACACAAUUGCAUCAGGUAUAUCUGAACCUUUCUUGAAGUUGCAUGUAUGUGGGGAGAAAUAGAAUGGUGCUCUUACCUUUCUUGACUUUUAAUUAAAAACUCAGUUUUGGGAUUCUUUUUCUCAGUCCAUUCUGACUCCAGGCUAAGUGGAAGGCAACACCCCCUUUUUAUAUGGAAGAAAAGUGAAGUUUAUUAUGUUUUUAUAUUUUCUACUUGUUCAUUUUAUUGGUGCAAAUUUAAGAUUUUGAUUUUCUUUUAAUAGAUGGCAGUCUUUGAGAUAAUUUGUUGUUUUUACCUUAAUUCCCCUUUUAUUUUUUAUGGAUAAUUCUUUGUACUUCUGCUGCCUACCUCUCCUCCGUCCCCCUCCCAUCACUUUUUAAACCUUAGUAUCUGUUGGGUGAACAGUAUAAGUAACGUUUUCAUCUGCUUUUAGAAUGUGAGAUAUUUCCAGUACCUACUUUUUUGCUGAAUCCAAAGAUAUAUAAAUAUAAAUAUAUAUUUUAUAAAGAUCAAAAUGAUAUAAAGGAGAUAACAUUUCUUCCUUUUAAAAAACAAAUAGAAAUCCAUUGUUAAUGUUCAUAUUAUGAUGCCGCUUUUCUAAAUCAUGCAUCUUGAUGGAAAGGUGUAAAUAUCAAUCAGCAGGAUGCUUAAUCGGUAUUUAAUGGCUGAGGUGAACUGGGGUGUAUGGGGUGGGUACUACAGAACAGAGUUGGCUGGCUGUCCUCUAAGUUCCAUGAUCCAUAGACCUGAUGCAGCUGAAAAGUAAACAGAAUGGGUUGCCAGUUACCCAUAUGCCUGUUCAGUUAGUUCCCUUUUUAUUUGCAGAAGCCAUGCAUUUGUUUGCAAGUGGGAAAUUCAUAGUAGUGAAGCCGCUCGGACAGAUGAACUGUCCCCUUCUGCAGAAGAGCAGGAGCUGCUGUUCAGCUCCAAGGCAGGCUGUGUAAUCAUGAGCAGGGCGUCUUCUCUCUCUCUCUUUUGAAGAAGAUGGAAAUGUCAUUCUGAGAGCAAGAUUUAAAUUCUCAGGAAUUGACUUACAGUAUUGAGAAUGAAUUCACUUUAAAACAAGUUUACAUUAAAUGUUUGUAAAAAAUAAAAAUCAUGCUUUACACUGCAGAGAAUUCAAAGCACGUGGGCUAACUUAUGAGACAGUUGAGUGGUAAGCUAUGACUCCUUUAAUCAUUUUGGACAUCAUUGUAAAUAAAGGUUUCUAUUUAAAAUUGAA